AUGUCGACCAGCACACAGCCAGACAAGCCAACGCUCUUCUUCAGAGGCAAUUACGUCACUUUUGACAACUUGAAGUGGAUCCUCGAUCGAACUGCUUUGAGUCCCCUUUCCCUCUUUCUCAUUCCCGCCCUGGCAUACUUUUUGGAUCAAAGAGCGUCGGGAAACGUGUCUACGGAUAUAUCUUCCUAUCCCGUUCCUUCGCUCGAGUCCUUGAAGACCCUGGUCAAGGACACAUACCCAUGGCUGGGAAAAGUUUGGCUGUUCAUUCUUCUUCGAGGAUUCAACAAGUUGGCUACGCGUUAUGUUCGCAACCACGGAGAAUGGAAGCCUGACAGGCCCAACUGGAAGAAAGAAGUGGUGGUGAUUACUGGCGGAGCUGCCGGUAUUGGCAAGGCGACUGUGGAGCUCUUGUCGCACAACAAGAGGACAAAAAUCGCUGUGCUGGACAUGGCUCCUCCUUCCUACGCCAAGGCCCCCCCUGGAGCACCCGAGAUCCUCUAUUUCAAGACGGACGUCUCUGACCCCGCUCAGGUCAAGUCGGCUGCUGAUCAGAUUCGCGCCAAAUUCGGUGAACCAACCAUCCUGAUGAACUGCGCAGGUGAGUCGCCGCGGCACAGGAUCGCUGCAGGCUGGCUUUGCAACUGGAGAAGCGUGGGAAAGAAAAGCGUGGAUUUUUGUGCGCCUGCCACGCUCAACAGCUCGAGCUACGAAAAGGUCAUCUUGAAGCCUCUUAAGCGCUUCCUUUGCCCGCUGUAUCGAUGUGCGCUUUGUGCACAAUAGCCGCUGAUCAUCGGUCACGCCGCCUCUUUUUCUCCAGGCGUCGCAAACGGAUCUCUAAUCCUCGAGGCUGAAAUUGGCUCCAUCUCUCGCUUGUGGCGCAUCAACACUCUCGCAAAUUGGAUCACCGCGCAGGAAUUCCUUCCUGCAAUGGUCAAGGCGAACCACGGACACAUCAUGACAGUGGCUAGCAGUGCGAGCUACAGUGAGUAUUUUCUACAGACGCCAGCCAGCAAGGGGAGCUGCGAGCACAGCACGCUGGACAAAUGCUAAGGCUCUACUGCCUUGGUCGCACAGUGUCCCUGCCGCAAAUGGCAGAGUACGCGACCAGCAAGUCUGCUGCUCUCUCUUUCCACGAGGUCCUCUCCGGAGAGAUCAACGCUCGUUAUGGCUCUCGCAAGAUUCGCACUUCCAUCUGCUGCCCUACCAAGGUUCGCACCGCUCUAGGAGACGGCAUGGAGGAUCACGCGGAUCCCUUUAUCACGCCCAAUCUGAUGCCCGUCCAAGUAGGCCAAGCGAUCGUGGAUGCGUUCGACAGUGGUUUGUCUCAAUACGUCAUUAUGCCAGAGUUUAUGCGCAUCUUGCCUUGGAUGAGAGCUGUACCGGACUGGAUGAGGAGAAUCGUCAAUGUGGUGGGAAAUACGGACAAUCAGGUUUCGGACAAGAGCGUCAAGCGUGCGCUGAACAAUGGUUACGGUGCUGAUUGGGACGGUGAUGCCAAGGAAGCACGUCAACGCGUUCUCGACAGAGUCAACAAGAAGUAG